AUGGCGAACGAAAUGAGCACACUUCUUCCUCGCGGUCCUCAAUCGGUCCAAGCAUCUCACGGUGUCAGCGCCACUGUAGCGCGCAUUGUGUACACACUGCUUGGUUGUACUGCAAUUGCGAUUGUGAUGGCCGCAGCAGGUCAUUCAGGUAUUCUACGAGGCCGCACUUCAGCUGCCCUGUUGGCCUUCGAUGAAACAGGCGUUCGCGUACCCACCACCAAUAUCGAUGGAAAUCCGGUGGUGAACCAGGUGUUGAGGGACGUGGCCACCAUGAAGUUCCAGAUUCAUUCGCUUGAGGAAGAAAAGAGAGCAAUGGAGGCUAAUGUAGAGCGUAUGUCAAACGACAGAAAGGAUUUGAAAGCGGAGAUGGCGACCAUGGAGGCUUCGAUGAAGGCAUUUGUAGAUGUCUUCGACGAGCAAGUCUUGCGGGAUGAUUUGCACGCACAAGUCGGCAAACUCCGGGAGCGCCUCGACAAUGACACGUCAAGGUUGAGGGAUGUCAUCGACGAACUGCGUCCAGUAUGCGAGAGCCAUGCCGAUGAUACAUCAAGCCUGUACGAUUCCAUGACCGAGCUCGAAGCUAAAAGCGACACCCAAGGCAAAGAUUUGCAAGACCUUCGAGCCGACCUUACCGAGCAUGAACGGGCGAUGAAAGCAUUUAUUCAUGAACUCAUUGAAGCAGACAGGAGCGUGAGUGACAAAGAAGGCACUGAGGGCCAGCGCGAACAAACAGAUGCGGUGGUCGCCAACGAGCAGCAAGAUAUAGCAGUACAACCAGAGAACCGAGAGCAGACCAAGAUGAAGCAUUGGAUGUCGGUGUCUCUCCUCAUUGUGGGGAUUACCGGCGGUGUUUUGGUAAUUGGAUUUGUCAUCUUGAUCGCUUUUGAUCGGUGUCGUUGA